UAACUUUUCACCAACCAUUUUCUUAUAAUCAAAUACUAUACUAAAACACUUUAAGUUUUGCAUUAAUUAAACAACUAAUUUUAAGUUAUAGCAUGAAAAAAAAAUACAAUAAUUUAAGAACCCCAUUAGAAAAAGCUAAACGGGUUUUAAACGGGUUAGGCCGUUGUAGCAUCCCUAAUGUCCGGUUUAAUAUGGGUUGAUUUGGUUGUUGAAUUUCUUGUACUAAUGUUAGAACCGGUUAAUGUCAAAGGUAUCGUACGACGAUUAGUUUUUCCCCGGUGAGAACCAAGUGAGGCAAAAAGACGAGAGGAGCGAUCAUCAGAGCUAGAAGAAAAGGAAAAAAGAAAGGAUCUUCCAUGGACAAUAUCUGAGAACCCAAACCCAUCUGGUAAUUUAAAUCCUGAUCUGGGAAGCUCGAUCUUCCUUUAGGGAAUCUUAAACUUCGUCGAGAUUUCAAUGGUGUUGGUAUUGGCAUUGGGGGAUCUUCAUGUACCCCAUAGAGCGGCUGAUCUACCCCCAAAGUUCAAAUCCAUGCUUGUUCCUGGCAAGAUUCAACACAUCAUCUGCACUGGAAACCUCUGCAUCAAAGAAAUCCAUGACUACUUGAAGACUAUCUGCCCUGAUUUGCAUAUAGUUCGAGGUGAGUUUGACGAAGAUGCACGAUACUCUGAGACUAAAACUUUGACUAUUGGCCAAUUCAAGCUGGGACUGUGCCACGGCCACCAGGUGAUCCCAUGGGGUGAUUUAGACUCACUAGCCAUGCUUCAGAGACAGCUCGACGUGGACAUACUUGUAACAGGACAUACCCACCAGUUCACAGCCUACAAACACGAGGGAGGAGUUGUCAUAAACCCGGGCUCUGCGACUGGAGCUUAUAGCAGUAUAAACCAAGAUGUUAACCCCAGCUUUGUUCUUAUGGAUAUCGAUGGUCUUCGAGUUGUGGUCUAUGUCUAUGAGCUCAUCGAUGGCGAGGUUAAAGUCGACAAGAUCGAUUUUAAGAAGGCCUCCACUUCCACUUCUGCUCCUUAGCGCCUUUAACAAACUGAACCCCUUUGUAUGUUUUCGUCUGGAAUCACUUUUGAAAUUUGAAACUUUCUAUAGCUUCUUUGUGAAAAUAAUGUUUAAAUAUUUGGAACUUGAACCACUGAGAACAAUGUUUUGCAAGUCAUUUGAAGUUUAUAGACUUUUGUUUAAGGGUCGACA